AUGAGGAAGAGGAAGUAUCUUUAUAUAGUGGUCGUUGGUGUGUUUGUGUUUCUUUACUAUGUGUUCGGUGUCGAUGACUAUAUACACGCCAGGAGUUACGACAAGGAGUUCGAUUACCCCCUCAACAUCGACAUACGACCUCUGGUGGACGAAGUCCUCGCUGGGAAGAAACCUUCAGUGGCUCCCAUUAACUUCUACCCAUACAGAUUUCUGAGCAAUUCUGGGAAAUGUACGCUAAUAGAAAAAAUCGAUUUGUUCAUCAUCGUAAAAUCCGCUAUGAACAACUUUGAAAGACGCGAAGCUAUACGACAGACGUACGGAAUGGAAACUUUCAAUCAGGGGAUCGUUAUGAGUACGAUGUUUUUCGUCGGGGUCGAUGAACCCAAGUCUGCGACGCAGAGGAGGCUCGAGCAUGAAAUGGCGGAUUACAAGGACAUCAUACAAGUAGACUUCCAAGAUACGUACCAUAAUAACACCAUCAAGACAAUGAUGGCCUUCAGGUGGCUGUACGAGCACUGCCCCAUCGCGGACUACUACUUCUUCACCGACGACGACAUGUACGUCUCAAUCGAGAAUCUUCUAGAAUACGUUAAAGAACAAACUGACACCAAACAAAUUGAUCCGUCGAGUGGAACACAAAUUAAUGGUAGAGAUAGCUUAUUUUACGCUGGUUACAUGUUCCAUUCUAGUCCACAGAGAUUCAAAUCCAGUAAGUGGCGCAUCAGUUUAGAAGAAUAUCCUUUCGACCGCUGGCCGCCGUACAUCACGGCCGGGGCGUAUGUCCUCUCUAACCGCGCCAUGAAGGUCAUGUAUGCGGCUAGUUUAUUCGUUAAGAACUUCCGUUUCGACGACAUCUAUCUAGGAAUAGUUGCCAAGAAGGCGAACAUACCUCUAACUCAUUGUCCUAGAAUUUAUUUCUACAAGAAGAGCUCUUCUAUAGAUGGUUACAAGGAUGUGAUAGCGUCCCAUGGUUUCAACGACCCAGAGGUUCUCAUGAUGACUUGGAAACACCUGCAUAUACAGAACCCUAACAGCAAAGUCGGGUGA